UGUUUCUUGUUCUCGAUUCCCUUGUCCGGCGUCGCAUUUCAGGGUUUCUCCCCCUUUUCUCUCCUUUCUCCUUAGCUACCCGCAUCCCCUUAGCUAUUCCCUUGACGUGGUCCUCCAAAGAACCAUUGACCCCGGAGCGGCCCGUGUGCGACCUCGGGUAGGACGGGCUUGGCUGCGCCGAGUGUGACCCCAGCACUCACCUGGCACAGUCCGAGGGAAUUUAGGGGUUCGGGGGCUCUCUGGGGAGGAGUGAACAUUACAGAACCGAGCUCAGAACCGAGCUCGUGGAGGGCAGCUGGUUGCAGGUUUUGCGGUGAUAUGCCGCUUUAUCUACGAAGGUAUGGAAAGUGCCAUGAAACAUGGUAACUGAAGAAAACACAAACGUAUAGGAUCCAAGUUCUUCUAGAACCGGAAUAGUGUUGAAGUUUACUGCUAAAGAUGGCAGAUCCAGAUGUCCUCACCGAGGUUCCUGCAGCAUUGAAGAGGUUAGCCAAGUACGUGAUCCGGGGGUUUUAUGGCAUUGAGCAUGCUUUGGCCUUGGACAUCUUGAUCCGGAACCCCUGUGUGAAAGAGGAGGAUAUGCUGGAGCUGCUCAAGUUUGAUCGGAAGCAACUUCGAUCAGUUUUGAAUAAUUUAAAGGGAGAUAAGUUCAUCAAAUGCAGAAUGAGGGUAGAGACUGCUGCAGAUGGGAAAACCACUCGCCAUAACUACUACUUUAUUAAUUAUCGUACUCUUGUUAAUGUGGUAAAAUACAAAUUGGACCACAUGAGGAGGAGGAUUGAAACUGAUGAGAGAGAUUCCACCAACCGGGCUUCCUUCAAAUGUCCUGUCUGUAGUAGUACUUUUACGGACUUAGAAGCUAAUCAGCUCUUUGAUCCCAUGACAGGAACUUUCCGCUGUACAUUUUGCCAUACAGAGGUAGAAGAAGAUGAAUCAGCAAUGCCCAAAAAAGAUGCACGCACACUUUUGGCAAGAUUUAAUGAACAAAUUGAGCCCAUUUAUGCUUUGCUUCGGGAAACAGAGGAUGUGAACUUGGCCUAUGAAAUACUUGAGCCAGAACCCACAGAAAUACCAGCCUUGAAACAAAGCAAGGACCGUGCAGCAACUACUGCUGGAGCCGCUGGCCUGGCAGCUGGGCACCACCGGGAAGCGUGGGCCACCAAAGGUCCCUCCUAUGAGGACUUAUACACUCAGAAUGUUGUCAUUAACAUGGAUGACCAAGAAGAUCAUCGAGCCUCACUAGAGGGGAAAUCUGCCAAAGAGAGACCUAUUUGGUUGAGAGAGAGCACUGUCCAAGGAGCAUAUAAUUCUGAAGAGAUGAAAGAAGGUGGCAUAGAUAUAGAUGCGUUUCAGGAGCGUGAGGAGGGCCGUGCAGGGCCAGAUGAUAACGAGGAGGUCAUGCGAGCACUGCUCAUUCAUGAGAAGAAGACCCCCUCUGCCGCAGCAGGCUCAGUGGGGGCGGCUGCUCCCGUCACCGCUGCCAAUGGCAGUGACUCGGAGAGCGAGACCAGUGAGUCAGACGAUGACUCCCCACCUCGACCAGCAGCUGUGGCAGCACAUCAUCGGGACGAGGAUGAGGAGGAGGACGAUGAGUUUGAGGAAGUAGCAGAUGACCCUGUUGUUAUGGUGGCUGGCCGACCAUUCUCCUACAGCGAAGUGAGCCAGCGGCCAGAGCUAGUGGCCCAGAUGACACCAGAGGAGAAGGAAGCGUACAUAGCAAUGGGACAACGCAUGUUUGAGGACCUCUUUGAGUGAAUUUUCCCUACCUUUUCUUCCUUUCUCGAUUGCUAAUUUCAAAAAGAAAUUUCCUACUUUUGAAGAGAAGUGUUGUGUUCUGCCCUUCUUGAAGUAAAGCAGCUCAAGAAUAAUGGGAGAGAAAGUUUGAUUUUUAUGCUGGAAGCUUCCCCAAAGGUAGGUUGGCAGUCAGAAUUUCCUUCCCUGCUAUUACUACAGUAUUAAUACCUUACUGUAUUUCAAAUUUACCUAAUGUUUUUCCUUUCCUUUUUAAGCCCCACUUUUCUCCCCUUCUGAAAUGAAUGCAGGAGAUCUGUGAGGCAGUCUUCCUGUCUACCUGUAGAAGCCCACUAUGAUAGGUUAUACUAAUUCACUGAUCACCUCCUUUUUGUUCUGACCAAGCAUUCGUAACAAUUCCUGACAUUGCUGCCAAGAAGUUUGGCAACAGGCAAAUCAUUGAUGAGUGACAGAAAAAAAAUCUUAAAACUUCUUAUUGCCACACAGUUGAGGAUCGGAAUCAAUAUGUAAAGGUCCAGUGAAGAGGGAGGAUAUAUCUAAAUGUCACGAUUAAUAUCUAAACCAAAACUUGUGUCUUUCAAGCUGACUUGACUUAUAGUCUGUUGUUUUGCUUAAUGCCUUUUGGUUUGGAUGUUGGAUGAUAGAAAACAGAAUGUAUACUUGGUAAAUCCUUGUGAAGAAAUUAGAUAUGGAUAUAGGACAAAGAGUUUCUGUACAGAGUUGAAGAGUGGAGAGUAUUGGGUACAGUGCCUUUUAGAAUUGCCUGAAUUUGUGCUGAUUGGGACAUCCUUUAUGGAAAGCUGAGACUGGUUCCCUUCUUUUUCCUAUCUUCCACAGUGGUAUAAAUUGUUGAAUGAGGCCGUUCUAGCAGAAAUCAGCAUACAAAAAUUAUUACUCCUCUCUUUUUUCCUCUCUCAACAUCAUUGAAGGCCUUCUUUGUCCCUCUUUUGAUUCUUGUCUGACAUAGUAUUUUAGAGUGCAUCUAGUGUAUUGUUGAACAUUGUAACCUCAAGGAACGUAGUUUACUUUUGUCAGUAUAGCAUGGUAUUAUUUCCUAAGGCAGAACUUUAAAAACAAAGAACAUUCAUGCAAGGGUCUAUAGCAAUUGUAUUUUUUUGUAGUAUUUUUCCUUGCAUUAUAAUUUUUAAUAUUUAUCAUAUUGUAGUACAUGUGUGAAGAUAGAUUUUAGAGUAUCUGAGCCUUGUAUGAAGUGAUGUUUCAUUUACUUGGGUUGUAUUAAUGAUUGAAUAUUGAUAAUCUAUUUUAUAACAACUGAAAUUUGUUAAUUUCUAGCUCUGUAACAUCUUGAAGCAUAAUUAAAAUGAAUGCUCUUCCCA